AUCACUGGUCCACCGCCACCUCCUCUCAAGAAACCGGUGUCGCUGACGUAAAGCCCUGUCUAGAACCCGGAUGGAACAGCCAUUGGGGGAAGUGGACAGGGCCUGUCGCUAACUGAGGAGGGAUCUCUGGAGUAAAAAAAAAAAAAAAGACGCAAAAGAUUCAACCGUGGACAAGGAUUGUAACGGAUCCAAAAACAACAUUCUGUGGAGAUCUGGAAAUAUUAUCCGGACUUGUUUACUCUUGGACAUUCGGACGGGAUAAGACUGAGACUUGAACUGUGGAAGUUGAUCUGGGGAUAGCUAGCUACGUGUAGCGGAAAAACACUUUAGCUAACGUUAACUGAGCUGAGAACAAUCGGAACCCGGGGCCCCAGAUACAGUAACCUGCUAGGCUCCGUGCGAAUCCAGGGACUUGCUUAAUGAAUUAUGUCUGCCACAAGCAUUGACCCUCAGAGAUCAAAGGGACAAGCAUCUAAAGUGCAAAAUGGUUCACUGCAUCAGAAGGAGACUGUCCACGACAAUGACUUUGAGCCGUACCUCACUGGCCAAUCAACCCAGGUGCGUGACUGGCCGCAGAGCAACAGCUACCAGUCCAUGACCGACCCCUACCUGUCCAGCUACUACGCCCCCUCCAUCGGCUUUCCCUACCCCCUUAGCGAGGCCCCUUGGUCUACCGGGGGAGACCCCCCCAUCCCUUACCUCACCCCCUACGGACCCUUGAGCAAUGGAGACCAUCACUUUAUGCCCGACACCGUGUUUGGCCAGCCUGGAGGGCUUGGCAACAGUAUCUACCCCCAUCGCUUUAACUUUUUCCCUGAGAACCCAACCUUUUCCGCCUGGGGCACCAGUGGCUCCCAGGGCCAGCAGACUCAGAGCUCAGCCUACGGGGGUAGCUACAGCUACCCUCCCAGCUCCCUGGGGGGCACCCUGGUGCCUGACGGCCAAACAGGCUUCCACAGCGACACUCUCAACAAGGCCCCAGGCAUGAACAGCCUGGAGCAGGGCAUGGUGGGCCUAAAAAUUGGUGGUGACAUCACAGGCCAGGGGUCAGGGGUCAAGGCUGUGGGCUCUGUGAUUGGUGGACCGCCGGCGGUGGCGCAGGGAAAUGGGGGUACGCCCAUCGGUAUGCCCCUGCCCAAGCCCACCUCGUGGGCAGCCAUCGCCAGUAAGCCAGCCAAGCCCCAGCAGUUGAAGGCCAAGAUGAAACCAGGCAUGGCCAGCCCUGGGGGAGCCCUGCCCCCUCCGCCCAUCAAACACAACAUGGACAUCGGCACCUGGGACAACAAGGGGCCUGUGAAUAAAGUGGCCCAAGCCCCCAUGCAGCAGGCUAUGAGCAUGCCCCUUGGCCACCCCAUGCAACCCCAGAACCCCAUGCAGCAGCAGAUGCAGCCCAUGCCCUUACAGCACCAGCCCCCCCACCACCAGCACCACCAGCCCCUUCCUCAAUCCUACCAGAACCACACCCAAACCCCACCACCCCAGACCCGCUGGGUCGCCCCGCGCAACCGUAACUUUGGCUACGGGCAGGGAGGGGCCGGAAUGGACGGUGGCAGUAUGAUUGCCAUAGUUGGCGGGGGUAACGGUGCCCCCCUCAGUUCUGCCAGUAUGGUACCCGGUGGAGCAGAGAACCACCCGGUACUGGAGAAGCUGCGUGCCGCUCACAGCUACAACCCCAAGGAGUUUGAGUGGAACCUGAAGAACGGCCGUGUGUUCAUCAUCAAGAGCUACUCUGAGGACGACAUCCACCGCUCCAUUAAGUACUCCAUCUGGUGUAGCACUGAGCACGGCAACAAGCGCCUGGAUGGGGCCUUCCGCGGCCUCAACUUCAAGGGACCCGUCUACCUGCUGUUCAGCGUCAACGGCAGUGGCCACUUCUGCGGCGUGGCCGAGAUGCGCUCGCCCGUGGACUACGGCACCAGCGCCGGCGUGUGGGCGCAGGACAAGUGGAAGGGUAAGUUUGAUGUGGACUGGCUGUUUGUGAAGGACGUGCCCAACAGCCAGCUGCGCCACAUCCGCCUUGAGAACAACGACAACAAGCCGGUGACCAACUCCCGGGACACCCAGGAGGUCCCUCUGGAGAAGGCCAAGCAGGUGCUGAAGAUCAUUGUGGGUUACAAGCACACCACGUCCAUCUUCGAUGAUUUCUCCCACUAUGAGAAGAGGCAGGAGGAGGAGGAGGAGGUGCGCAAGGUCUUUGAGCCGCCUGCACCCAUCCAGAACCGAACUCCACUGGAUCAGGAGCGCCAAAACAGGAGUAAACCACAGUAGAAUACAUUUAUCCUUGGCUUGAUCAACAUUUACACUAGGACUUUUGAUUUAAGAGACAGAAGAAUUCAGAAAUUAUUUUCAAAAAUACGUCAUUUUUUAUAUUUAAUCCUGGUGAAUUUCUGCCACCACUUAAGACUUGCGCUUUGUGCUCCAGGUACCACCCACCACCUCUUGUGCAGGGAUAACAAGCUGAUUUAAUGUAUUACCUAGCCACCACCACUGCACUGUUUUAGUUCUGAUUGACUUUGAUUUUUACGUUCUCUCCAUCAUGUACUCUUUCUCGUCAGACUGGGUUGGUUUUGACCUUUCCUGCCCCCUUCCUUCCUACUCUCGCUCGAAUUGAAUCAGGGUUUGACAGCACCAAGGAGAAGAGAAUAUCUGCCACUUUAUAUUUCUGCACAAUCAGGAACUGCAGUGUCCUGCCCCUGUUUGUCCAUUGGGGGGCGGUGUUGCCAUGCUUCAGAGGUUUAACUAUGCCGACAGGGUUGGAGGAUCCCAAAGGCAACAUUUUCGGACUUGGAACUGUGUACGAUUAAUAAGACUUCAAUGGUUUAUCUAUUUUUCAUUCAAGAUCAACAAAGUCUAUAUUUUUUGGCUUACUAUUGACAAUUUUCAGUUCAGAAAGCUGCUUUUCUGGAGCCUUAAUAUUUUAUUUUCUAGUUAUUAAUGACAUGUCAAAAGAACCGCUCUUUAACUGACAGUGCUGGAGAAAUCAGGGAUAGCGUGAAGUCACAGACUCUGGACAUUUCAAAGGAGGAAGUGCAAAGGCCUCUGGGAAGGAAGUAACUGAUGUGUGUCCUCCACGGUGAAGGAGCUCUCACCAUCUGAAUCCAAAAUUGUACUAUUUUACAUCCCUCAAACCCCUUCACUUUGGUUUGUUUUGAUAAAUGACGUUUGUCUUGAGGUUUUGUAUGUUUCAUCAUUGGGAGAUUCUGUUCACGUAUUCAAGCCAGUAUGAGAGAAAUGUAGCAUUCAUCAUUUUAAAGUAAUUAUUUUAUAAUUAGAAUUAUGUGAUGUAACUGCUACAUAUGAAUGAAUUGUUUGUUGCUCUUUUUGGAAAAAUCACUUCGGUUAAUUGUCCGUUGGCCAUCAUUCUGUCUUAAUCCUUUGUUUCGUUGGACUUUUCUGCUUAUCAAAAUGUGGUUUUGCUAUAAAUCCAGGGCUCUACGCUGAUUUUUUUUUUUUUACGCAGAUUUUUUUUUCUUUUUACAAGGAUCACAUGUGCGCCUAAGUUGAAAAAUGUAAGAGCACACAAAGGAAUUUAGGAGCACAAUGAACAAAUAUUUGAGAUAACGAGCCGUUUUCUUUGUAGUAAUAGUUCAAACAUGACAGUCAAUCUGCGCUCAGUGUAUUCUCCAUGGCACUCAGGGGCUGCGGUACAGUGAAGUAAUCAUUGCAACAAUUAUCAUCUGGGUUAUUUUUUUUUUUCUAGGCACACUGGUGCUCCUAAAUAAAAAUUCCAGGUCGCACAGUAAAAUAUUUAGGGUGCAUAUGCGAGUGAAAUGGUUGGACUGUAGAGCCCUGAAAUCAAGAAUUUCCUUCGUAAUGCUAAGCUUUAACUUAGGAACCUAUAGUCAUGGAGAAAGCCUACAAUGUAUAACCUGAAAAUAAUGUAACUGAUUUACUACCAAGAGUAAGAAAAAAGUAAGAACAAAAUAUGGUUUCUGUGUUUUUUGUUGUUGCUGAAAAUGUGUGUGCGCUUUUAGAAUGGAGUCAUUGUUUAAUAUAUGAAAGUAAGUCAUUGGUAUCAGGAGCUAUCUAUCCAUGGAGAUUGAUUGGGGGUUGAACAUUGAAAGUAUCUCUAAUUAAUAGCCUACAAUGCGCAAUCAUGCAGGCUGUAAACUUGAUUUACAUUUUGGUUAAAGCUGGAAUCCGCAUUAGGUGAAACGGCGCCACUGGUGCAUUUAUUGUUUUUGUUUUGUUUAUGAAAGGAGGAGCGAAGCAUCCUGCACCUUGAUUUAAAAAAUAUAUAUAAUCAUAGUACAUACUCUUCUGGUCUAUCGCGGGUACAAUGAUGUGCAUUGAUGUCUGUGGAAACAGUGUUCAUUGUUUGCAGUAAUGUAUUUGUUUUAAUAUCGCAAAAGGACAUUGCAGUUUCACUGCUACGGAUUCCAGCUUUAAACAUCAUACAAUCCUUUAUGAGGAGUGCUUACUGCUUUUCAAUGUUUUGUCAUUUUCUGCCUUGUGUGUGUGUGUGUGAACACUUGGACAGGACAGAGUGCUAAUGAAAGUAAUGACAUGGAUGUGGAUGCUGUCACUCACUGUACAUGAGCAUGAAUUCACAUCUCUUGUGUUCAAGAAGUUGUGUAACUUGCAAUGUGCGUUGAUCAGUUCCAGACUUGCUGGUUGUGUGGUGCUCGGUUGUGUGUGUCACCACAGCCCCUUCUCAGAUGUUGGUUUUGUCUGUACUCUGUAGUGUAGCUGCUCCUUUACCUGGUCAGUGUAGUGUAUAGUCCCUGUAUGACUGGAGACGUGACCUUUGACCUUUAUACAGGGGACACCCUGGGUGCAACUCAAUUUAGGGAGAACCUCAAUUGCAUACUCCUCGCGUUCUCUCCUUCUCAAAACCCAUUGGAGGAGAAGGUCAGAGGGGCGGGACCUAUGGCUUUCUCAUCAAAUGGGUUUUGAGAAGGAGAUGAGGAGAGAGGGCGCUAGUGAGAUUCUUCCAGUCUAAAGUGACUUCCUUCCUCCUUGAUCUGCACAAAUGUGAAAACAAAGGGUUAAAGCCAUAUGGGUGGAUGCCUUCCAUGGUGUUUCUUUCAUCAGUCUUUCACACCAGUAUAGAUUAAGGAAAGGAAACUACUUUACGCUAUAGACAUGCAUCACUGUUGUCUUUCUUUUGGUCAAGAAGCAUGGAAUGGUUGUGAUGCCUAUAGUUUAGUUUAGGACUUACAUGCACGUGUCAAAUUCUUUGCUGUAAUAGAGGGCCAUGUUUAUGGUUUUAAAAUAAAUUAUAUCUACUACAGAAUAAUGAAAUGAAAUAAAAAAAUAUUAAUAAAAGGAAUUAUCGUAUAGACUUGCAAGUACACCACUGUAGCAUAUGUCAGUGGGAAUAACCUGUAAGGUUUUUAAAACUCUAUCUUGGUUUAUUUUAUUUUUUCCUUUAGAAGAAAUCAAGCCUUAAUAAACUAUUUAGCAUCAAACA